UGUCUAAAGAAGAGCAGCGCAGGCUGAGGAAUGAGAAGGCCUUACAGGAACACCUGGACAGGGUAAAGAAUCCGGAAUUGACAGGCAAACAGACCAGACAACCACAAUGUAAAGAUUACUCUAUUUUCACUGCAUCAGGGCUAAAGAGCAAGGACCCGCAUGAUCAACAGUCAGCAAAAUGCAAAGAUUUCUCUGUGUUUUCCACGAGCAGUCAAGGCGUGGCCAAGGUCCCCCAGGUUCUGCAGGUCAAAGUGAGUAAUAAAAGUGAGAGUGUCCAAAAGAAAGAUGGGAAUGACAAAGUAACAGCGCCAAAGACAGAGGCAGAGCUCCUUAUGGACAAAUUUGAGAGGAUGGCAGAAGAGGAGAGAAUUUGGCCUUGUCAGAAGGAUAGGAGAGAUAAAGACCAGGCCAAAGAGAUAGAGGGAAAGAGAAAGGAGGAGGAGAUGCUGUCUAAAGAAGAGCAGCGCAGGCUUAGGAAUGAGAAGGCCUUACAGGAACACCUGGACAGGGUAAAGAAUCCGGAAUUGACAGGCAAACAGACCAGACAACCACAAUGUAAAGAUUACUCUAUUUUCACUGCAUCAGGGCUAAAGAGCAAGGACCCGCAUGAUCAACAGUCAGCAAAAUGCAAAGAUUUCUCUGUGUUUUCCACGAGCAGUCAAGGCGUGGCCAAGGUCCCCCAGGUUCUGCAGGUCAAAGUGAGUAAUAAAAGUGAGAGUGUCCAAAAGAAAGAUGGGAAUGACAAAAUAACAGCGCCAAAGACAGAGGCAGAGCUCCUUAUGGACAAAUUUGAGAGGAUGGCAGAAGAGGAGAGAAUUUGGCCUUGUCAGAAGGAUAGGAGAGAUAAAGACCAGGCCAAAGAGAUAGAGGGAAAGAGAAAGGAGGAGGAGGUGCUGUCUAAAGAAGAGCAGCGCAGGCUGAGGAAUGAGAAGGCCUUACAGGAACACCUGGACAGGGUAAAGAAUCCGGAAUUGACAGGCAAACAGACCAGACAACCACAAUGUAAAGAUUACUCUAUUUUCACUGCAUCAGGGCUAAAGAGCAAGGACCCGCAUGAUCAACAGUCACCAAAAUGCAAAGAUGUCUCCAUGGUUACUGCAACUGAGUCAAAGACUCUGAACCCUCAGAAGGACCAGCCAGCAAAGUGCAAAGCUGGGAAAAAUCGCUUUGCUAAAUUCUUGAAAACCCUUGUGUGCAGAAAAACGAAGGCAUAAUGCAUAGGUAAGAGAGGAGAAUGUUACAACUCAGAGAAUGUUAAAGCUGAUGACUGAAGUUUGUUUGACACACAGUAUUACAUGAUUCUAACAAUGAUACCUUUUUGUAUUUUUUCAGUUCCUGACG